AUGACUCCCAAGACCGCUUUCGGACAUGUAUAUCUAACAUUAGCUACAUGCAUGUCAUCAAUCUUUCAGUUUCUGAGAUGGUUCGUUGGAUCCGUUAUUUUUCUUGCACACAACAGAAAUCCACUGCUGUUAUCAUUAGCGGAUAGAAUCGGUGGCACAAACGAACCACAGGCCAAGAAGUUCAGACAAUACGUCACCGCAUUGUCCGCCACUCUCGGUCCGUUCGCCGUGGGCACGGUGCUUGCGUGGAUGUCACCUGCGAUGCCCAUGCUGUUGUCCGCAGACUCGAAGAUCAAGAUGACGGCUGACCAGGGGUCAUGGGUGGGUUCCCUGAUAGCCAUCGGUGCCAUCUUCGGGUCAAUACCGGCCGGCAGGACCGCUGACUUAAUCGGCCGAAAGCCCGUCAUCGCCUUCCUGCCAGUGCCUUUCACCAUCAGCUGGUUAUUGAUUUACUUCGCGAAAGACGUCUGGCAUCUGUACGUGGCGCGUCUGAUUGCCGGAACUUGCCUCGGGAGCAUCACCGCCACCGUCCCGAUGUACAUCGGCGAGAUAGCCGAGAAGUCCAUCAGAGGUGAACUGUGCUCUUACGUACAGUUAAACGUGACACUGGGAAUAUUGUACGUUUACUCGAUCGGACCGUUCGUGAAUUACGCGUGGCUGGCCAUCAUGUGUGGCAUCUUACCGGUGAUUUGGUUCUUCCUGAUCCUGAUUGUGUUGCCCGAAUCGCCAACGUAUCUCUGGCGAUCCGGCAAGAACAAGGAAGCAGAAGAUGCGUUGGUUAUGUUGCGCGGAAAAGACUACGACAUCAGUGGUGAGCUGAAGGCCCUGCAGAAGGAGCUCGAGGAGAAGAAGCCAAACAGCAAGUUAACGGAGCUGGUCAAAUCCAGGGCCACGUUGCGCGCUGCAUUCACCGUCUUGGGUCUGCUUGCGUUCCUGUCGUGUUCGGGUAUCAACGUGGUAAUAUUCUACGCCGAGUCCAUAUUCAAGUGCGACAACUGCAUCAUAUCCCCGAAAGCCAGCUCCAUCGUCAUCGGGGUCCUCCAAGUCAUAUUCACUUUCGCGUCGUCGCAGCUGGUGGACAGGGCUGGCCGGCGAGUGUUGCUGCUGAUCUCCGAUUCAGUGAUGGCCGUGUGCCUCGGCUCCUUGGCCUUCUACUUCUGGCAAGAAGAGCACGGCGUCGACGUGUCUGCUUUCAAACUUGUGCCACUCAUCAGCUUGGGCGUUUACAUCAGCACGUUUGCUCUGGGUUUCGGGCCCAUACCCGGCGUCAUGAUCGGAGAGCUCUUCAGCCCGGAAUUCAAGGGACUGGCCAUCGGAAUCGUCUGUGUGCUCGCAUCGUUGAUUGAGUUCAGUGUCGUCAAGUCGUAUCAGACGCUAUUGAACAACUACGACCGCGGUAUCACGUUCGGAUUAUUCGCCUGUUGCUGCGUGGUGGGUACCAUGUUCGUGUUUUUCCUGGUGCCGGAGACGAAGAACAAGUCUCUGCAGGAAAUCCAGGAGUUGCUCGGUGGCAAGAAGAAAUCCAACCAGGCCCAAGGCCCGUCGGGAUCAUAG